AUGGAAAGCGAUGCAUGUUUCCUUGAGCAGAGCCUCACGUGUACGAUAUGCAAUGGCAUUUUCACUGACCCCGUGGUGAUCAAGUGCAGCCACAGCUUCUGCCAGGACUGUCUGCGGCGGUACUGGAAGAACUUGGGAAAACUCCUGUGUCCCAUCUGCAAAAAGGAAUGUUCAUCGGAGGAACCCACGCUAAGCCUCGCCUUCAAGAAUCUUUGCGAGUCUGUAAGAACAAGGAGAUAUGAAGGACAGCCUGUUGUUCAGCAAGAACUGCACUGUCCUCUGCAUGACGAGAAGGUGAAAUUGUUCUGUUUGGAGGACAAGCAACUAAUUUGUGUCAUCUGCCACACAUCCAAGAUGCAUAAGAAGCACACCUGCUCUCCCAUCGAAGAGGCUGUAGAAGACUUAAAGGUGAUUAAAAUUAUUUAA